AUGGCCCUGGGGAGCACCAACUCCAUGACAGCCUACAGUGUUGACGACAACAAGCAGUACAUGAGGCACUUCAUCCAGCAGCUUCUUCGUGUGCUCAGCCUCUUCGCCAUGUGGAGAGCUAACGAAACGAUUCUUACAAGCUCCAGUUUCCUUGUGCCCCUCUUGUAUCUAUUCUUGGCUGCUUUGUUGCUCUCAGUGAAUGAGGGGAGGAUUUACGCAAGCAUGACUGCGAGUAGUUUCCUGGACAAACAAAGCAGAUAUGUUCAACUUCACAUGAAGAGUGAGCACACGAAAUCAACCAACUAUAAUCCUGUUACCCUGCAUGGUUACAAAUACCCAUUCUACGAGGACUAUAAUGACCACGAAGACACAAUAAUUACGCUAGACAGGAUCUGGUGCUCUAAUGAAGGCCCAUUAGGCACAAGUGAUGGCAACAGCUGA